AUGCAGAUUCUUGGCCUGGGGGAAACUGAGGAGCCAUUCUCAGGAGCACUCACUUUGGAGAGCAAGUUCCCCAGGGAUCUUCCAGGGGGUCACAGCCAGUGUGCCUAUGAGGUUCGGCGCCAGAAGGGGCCCGCGCGCCCGCUGUUCGCGGACUGGCUCCUGGGGGAGGUCGGCAGCGGCCGCUACGAAGGCCUGCGGUGGCUGGACGCGGCCCGCACGCGCUUCCGCGUGCCCUGGAAGCACUUCUCGCGGAAGGACCUGGAAGAAGCCGACUCGCGCAUCUUCAAGGCCUGGGCGGUGGCCCGCGGCCGGUGGCCUCCAGGCAGCAGCAGUGAUCAGUUGGCUUCCGAAGGCCCGCUCCGCGCCAGCUGGAAAACCAACUUCCGCUGUGCACUGCACAGCACCCAGCGUUUUGUGAUGCUGCAAGACAACUCAGGGGACCCCACCGACCCACAUAAGGUGUAUGGGCUCAGCUCCGCCCUGUGGUGGAGAGAAGGCCCAGGCACUAACCAGGGGGAGGAGAAGACCCUGGAAGAUACCCUGCCCCUGACGGGUGGGCUCCCCAGGCAGGGCCUGGCAGGAUCUGCUGCUGAGAGGCCAGGGCCUGGGCUGCGCUCUGAGCCCUGUGCCCCACACUCCCCUUUUGGCCCCGCUGGCAGCGCUGGGGACCUCGUGCUCCAGGCUCUAGAGCAGAGCUGCCUGGAGGACCACCUGCUGGAUGCUGCGUGGGCGUUGGAGCCCAUCCCCCCGGAGGCCCCUGGCCCAGAGCUCCCCGACUUGGAGCCAUACCUGCCUAGGGCAGUGGAGACGGCCCCCAGCCCCAGGCCACAAGCCAUACACCAGGCUCAGGUGACAGAUGCAGGCCCAGUCCUAACCCUGGAGCCCUGGCAGGCCCCACAGGAGGUGGCGCCUGGCAUCCGGAUGGCAGAUGCGCAGGUCUCGGUGGGGCCUGGCCACUCACAGCUGGGGUUACAGGCAGAGCCCAGCCUGGGGGCCCUGGAUGUGACCAUCAUGUACAAGGGCCGCACGGUGCUGCACGAGACCGUAGGGUGUCCGAGCUUUGUGCUUCUGUAUGGGUCCCCAAGCCCAGCUGCCGAGGCCACAGGGCCCCAGCGUGUGGCCUUCCCAAGCCCGGCUGAGCUCCCGGACCAGAAGCAGCUUCACUACACGGAGAAGCUCUUGCAGCACGUGGCCCCUGGCCUGCAGCUGGAGCUCCGGGGGCCCCGGCUGUGGGCCCGGCGCCUGGGCAAAUGCAAGGUCUACUGGGAGGUGGGCGGGCCCCUGGGCUCUGCCAGCCCCUCCACACCCCCGUGCCUGCUGCAAAGGAACCAGGACACCCCCAUCUUCGACUUCAGCACCUUCUUCCGAGAGCUGCUGGAGUUCCGGGCCUGCCGGCGUCGGGGCUCCCCGCACUACACCAUCUACCUGGGCUUUGGGCAGGACCUGUCGGCUGGGAGGCCCAAAGAGAAGAGCCUGGUCCUGGUGAAGCUGGAGCCGUGGCUGUGCCGGGCGCACCUGGAGUGCGUGCAGCGAGAGGGGGCGUCCUCCCUGGACAGCAGCAGCCUCAGCCUCUGCCUGUCCAGCGCCAACAGCCUCUACGAGGCCCUCGAGCACUUCCUCAUGGAGGUGGGACAGCCCGCCUAAGAGCCCUCUCCUGGUCCAAUAAAAAGGACUCCAGAAGCA